GCGCGCGCCCCCGGCCUGGCUCGCACGCUCCUGUGCCCGAUCCCGCUCUCGCGGUGCUUGGCUCCGGAGCUCCCCCAUAGCCGUCCCCGCAGAGGAGCUGGCUCCGUCCGGGCCCGAGGCGCCGCCGCUCGGCUGGCCCAGCACUCCAUCCACUAGGACACCUGGCAGUGUUGGAAACACUAGGAGUGAAGCUCCCAAGUGACAUCUUUAGCCUUGAUACAAGGAAAAGUUUCCUAGUUAUGAGAUCUCUGCAGAAGUGGAAUGGGCCACCUCCUACAGAUUGGAAGAUCAGGCCUGUAAACAAGAAAUUCUGAAGCUGGGCUCCUAUGGAAGAAUCAUCCCAGGAAAAAUUCACAAGUGAUGGUCCUUGUGACUCUAAAUUGAGUGAAACCUGGGAAUAUGAAGCCAGAUUAGAGGAGGAGCAGAGUGAUGAGGAGAAAACGCAGCACGUAAAAAUCAUCCAAAGGAAAGCACCUAGUAAAUUGAGAAGCCAUGAAUAUAAUAAAUAUGGUCGGCUCUUUGGUGUAGGAUCAAUUCUUUUUCCACAACAGAGAGUACCCAUAGGAAAGAAUCUUCCCAAAUAUGACCCACAAAGAAAGAGCUUCAGGAAGUAUAAUAAAAUAUCCUCAAAGAAGAUAUUUUCUAAGUAUAAUGAAAGUGGAAAAUCGUUCAGUUAUCAUUCAGAUCUUAUUGAAUAUCAUAGGCUACAUACUGGAAAGAAACCUUACGAAUGUGGGAAAACCACAUUAUGGAAAACACAGCUUAUUCAACAACAGAGAAUUCAUACUGUAGAGAAACCUUAUGCAUGUAUUGAGUGUGGGAAGGCCUUCUGCAAGAGGACACAGCUUACUCAGCAUUUCAGAAUACAUACUGGAGAAAAACCUUAUGAAUGUAGUGAGUGUGGGAAGACUUUCCGACAAAGUGCCCACCUUACUCGCCAUCAGAGAAUUCAUACUGGAGAGAAACCCUAUGCAUGUAAUCUAUGUGGAAAGGCCUUUAACCACAGCUCUUCCCUUGCUUCCCACCAGAGAAUUCAUACUGGAGAGAAACCUUAUGGAUGUGAUCUGUGUGGAAAAGCUUUCAACCACAGUUCUUCUCUUGCUUCUCAUCAGAGAAUUCAUACAGGAGAGAAACCUUAUGAGUGUAAUGAAUGUGGGAAAGCCUUCCGCCAGAGCACUGAACUUACUAGACAUCAAAAAAUUCACACUGGAGAAAAACAUGAAUGCACUGAAUGUGGGAAAGCUUUCCACCAGAGUUCACACCUAACUCGCCAUCUGAGAAUUCAUACUGGAGAGAAACCUUAUAAAUGUAAUGAAUGUGGGAAGACCUUCAAUUACAGUUCAUCCCUUGCUUCUCAUCAUAGAACUCAUACUGGAGAAAAACCUUAUGGGUGUAUUGAAUGUGGAAAAGCUUUUGGUAAAAGGACACAGCUUAUUCAACAUUGGAGAAUUCAUACUGGAGAGAAACCUUAUGACUGUAAUGAAUGUGGAAAGGCCUUCCGUCAGAGCUCACAGCUUACUCGACAUCAGAAAAUUCAUACAGGAGAAAAACCUUUUGAAUGUGAUGAAUGUGGAAGGGCUUUCCGCCAGAGAUCACAGCUUACCUACCAUCAGAGAAUCCAUACUGGAGAAAAACCUUACGAAUGUAAUGAAUGUGGGAAGGCCUUCUGCCAGAGUACUGAACUUACUCAACAUCAUAGAAUUCAUACUAGUGAGAAACCUUUUGAAUGUCAUGAGUGUGGUAUGGCCUUUCGCCUGAGUACUGGACUUACCCGCCACCAGAAAAUCCAUACUGGAGAGAAACCUUACGAAUGCAGUGAAUGUGGGAAAGCCUUCUGCCAGAGAGCAGAGCUUACUGUACAUCAUAGAAUUCAUACAGGAGAGAAACCCUACGUGUGUAAUGAAUGUGGGAUGGCCUUUCGACAGAGCUCACAACUGACUCCACAUCUCAGAAUUCAUACUGGAGAGAAACCUUAUAAGUGUAAUGAAUGUGGAAAGGCCUUCAAUCGCAAUUCAUCCCUUGUUUCCCAUCAUAGAAUUCAUACUGGAGAGAAACCUUAUGAAUGUAAUAAAUGUGGGAAAGCUUUCCGUCGGAGUACAGGACUUACUCGACAUCAGAGACUUCACAUUGCAGAUAAAUCUUAUGAAUGUAAUGAUUAAGGGAAGGUUUUCCUCCAAAACAGAUAACUUCACAUCAGUUCAUUAGUGAAGUGAAAAGUCUUAUAAAUGUUUUGAUCCUUUAAAAAAACCAAAACAACAUACUACUACAUUUUGACACAAAACAUUUCCCAACAAAUAUCCUCCAGAAAGUUUUUUGCUUUUCUUAACAGAAAGAAUCAGUAUCCUAUUUACCUCUGAUAGCAUGAUAUUAACAUUGACCAUUGUAUUUGCCUAGAGUUUUGUUGUUUCAUGAUUCUGACUUUAUUAACAUUGUUGUAGUCUUUGUAUAUUUUCUGUUUUGGCUCUGCUUUCAUUAUUUUGCAAUGCUUCACAUAAGCCUUUUCAGUGGUUCUCUGAUUUUUUUUAUCCUUCAUUCCUUACAGCAGAGUAAUGUGUAAUUACAUUCAUAUACCACAGUUUGUUCAACUAUUUCUUUGUUGAACACACACCUUGUUUCCAGAUUUUUGUUAUAUAUUUUGAUGUUAUGAAUGUUCUUUGAGCACCUGGGUCUUUUUUGUUGUUGUUAAUGCCCUAUUUGGGGUAUAGUCCCAAGAGUAGAUUUUCUGUGUCAGAGGGUACAAGCAGUUUAGUAACUUUCCUUUCUCAAACGUUUCCCAUAUUUUGGGGGUUGAGGCGAUUGGUCAGGGUUAUUUUAAUUUGAAUUUUUCUGAUUAUUAAUGAUGUUGCACAUCUUUCAGGUGAAUUUUGUUAAACUAUAUCUUCUUUUGAAAUCUGUUCCUAUCCAUUGAUCAUAUGUCUAUUUCAGAGUAACACUUAAUCUUGUUUUAGGAUGCAAUAGUUUUAUCAGAGAUGUUUAAAGAGAAUAUUUUUUCUCCCAAUAUGUAUGUUCUGAGUCUAGAUGUAUUGCAUUUAUUUGUGCAAAGGUGUUUGUGUUUUCUUUUGGUUGUCAUUUAAUUGAUUGAAAAUGUCUAUUUUGUGUUUUAUAAGCUAUCCCAUAACUGGUUCCAAAUGUAUCCCAUUAUCCUUAGUUAUGAAAGAGACUCUUCUGUUCUCUUAUUGGUUUUGUUUUGCUUUUUUUUUAUGGUGUGACUUUUUAUAUUGUUAGUUGAGCCAUUUAGAAUAUAGUGUGGUAUAUGCUGUAAGAUGCUUGUCUAAAUCUACUUUUGGCUAGAUUUUCUAGUUUUUCCAGCAGCUCUUAUUAAAUAAAGAGUCCCUACUGCUGUAGUUGGUGUUCUUGAGUUUAUCAAGUACUAGACUGCUUCUGUGUAAUUUCUUUUCUAGGUUUUGCUUGUCUGGUCUGAUCUAUUGAUAUCCUUUUAAUUUUUUUUUUAACCUUGUACCAGAUAAUUUUGGUAAUUAUUGUUAAUAGAGUUUGAGAUCUGAUAUCAAUAAGUAUCCUUCUAACUACUAUAUUUCCAUGAUUUUCUUUAAUAUAUGAGCUUUGCACAAAUUGUUUUUAAAAGGUUUUUCUCUCUACUAUGAACUGAUGUUGAAGAAGCAAUAAAAAAGUAGAAAUAGCUUCAGUAAAGUAGCAGGAUAUAAAAUAAAUACAAAAAAUAAUGCUUUUCUGUAUAAUAAAAUCACAGGAGAAAAAUUCCAUUUAAAAUAACAAAAUGCAUUAACUAUAUGGAAGUUAAUUUACCAAUAUACAUGUAGGACUUGCAUAAAUGAAAAUUUUACAGAAAUAAGUCCUAAGUAAUUGAACAAAAAAUUCAGUGUUAAUGGCUGGGCUGUGCCUAUUGACAAACUAUAUUUCAUUGUAUAUCAACAUACAUACCAAAGGGAUAUUUUAUAGAUUUAGACAAUAUAAAAUUAAUUUUAAGGCAUAAAACAUCAAGAACAUAUAGAGAAAUUUUAACAAGAUCUUUAAAUUUGUGAGGUUACAUGAUGUUUAGGAAAAUUUAAUGACAACAGCACUAAAAUUGAACUGUGGCCAUUGAUUUUUCACAUUAUUAUCCAUGAGGAACUGACUGCACUGUGGACUGAAAUGUGAAUUGUUCUGAGCUUUGUGAUCUGUUUUCUAAAAUCCGGAUGCACGUUGAAUUAUACAUGGAUAUUUUUGGAACCCGUAUGACACGGUCUCAUGGCUAUGAACAGUUAGAGGACCCCUCUUUUGAUUGAAUAGUUCUGGCUUAUUCUGGCCUGAUUCUAUAUGCCUAUUCUCUAUUGUUGCAUCCUGUUAAUGUUGUUUUACUCCUGUAAUUUUUAUCUUUGAUAUUUGAUUUGGAAUAUGUCAUCGUCGUGUAGUAUAUUACACUAAUGCGAUGGUCAGAGUUCUUGAUUUGGGGAUGGUGGGCCUGGGUUUGAAUCCGAAUUCUGGCCACUGACAGCCUUGGACAAGUCAUUACCCCUUCAGACCUCAGGCUCCUCUGUAAGACGUCCUCAAGGUCCCUUCCAGUUCUAAGUCUAUGAUCCAGUGAAGGAGAAGUGGGACUGGGAGUUUAGGAAGAACAGAAAAGAGGAGCUUUGGAAAUUUAAUAAAAGUUCAGUAGAUGAAAGGAACACACCAUCCUCUAAGUACAGGAUACUCUGCUGUAGCUAUAAACCAAUUAGACAGCUAGCUAAAACGGAUGUGACGGCGUAGUAGCUUGUCUGCAUGAUGUAUAUAAGUAGUUUGAUAUGCCUUCAAUGCAUGGAGAUUGUGGCAUAGGUGAUGUUUAUAGCACUCUGGAAAGCACGCUACAUACAGUAUCAUUUGAUCCUCACACCUGAUUGAUGCUUUAUCCACUUGAUAGAUGUGAAAACCAAGGCUCUGAUAGGUUAAAUGACUUAUCUAGGAUCCUAUGCUAGUAGUGUCUGAGGCAGAAUUUGAACUUAGGUUUUCUUGACUGCAACUACAGCACUUUCCACCAUACUAUGCUACCUCUUGACUCAUUGGGAGAAGAAUUGCAUUGUUUUACCUAUGGUAGUUUUGAUCUUUGGGAUUGCACACUGGUGCUAGAAAAUAUUAUGGCUGUUUUGAAUCAGCAAGUCACCAACAAAUGAAAGCUCUUAGCAGAUUGCUUUACUAAAGGAUUUCUAAGAGACAUUUGGAAGUCAUUGCUAAUCGUUCUGAACACUAUCUAAAUAUUGACUCUGUCCUAGAUGGGUGUAUGAGAACAGUAGAAAAGGUUGGAGACAUUAACCUGUGAAAGUCACAGCAAGAUUUUUCUGGAGAUUCCAUUGUUCUCCCUCAAAAGAGCCAACUCUCAAGCUGGUUGAUCACAGACUUUAUUAUAUUCCUUGGACACUGGAAAUCUAUCACUUGAAUUGACUGGAUCAAAACACAAUUAAAAGAUAUUAGGCCUUUAAAAGCAAGAUCAUUCUAAUGCCCAGACCAAAAUUUAGCAGACUGCAGCCCAUUGUCAAUACAAGAAUGUCCUCCCUCCAUGGGAUAUUCUAUUUUUUAGAAAGUUAAAUAAUGGACUUUUUAAAAAAUAAAGUCUUCUGUAGAAGUGGGGGGGGGGGAGUUUGCUAAGCCAAAUUGAUGUUUGAAGAAAACUGCAAAAACAAAAGAAUACUUGGAGCAUAGUUCGACCUUGGAAACUCACAGUGGCAGCAAUGGGGAGAGGUGAGGUGGGGAGUAAAAGAUGGGAGAAAUAUACCUGUGACAACUUCAAAAUUCCCAUAAUUUUCCCUUUUUCUUCCUGUCCUCAUAUACACCUUCAUUUAUAGACCUUGUGUUCUUAAGAGCUCAAUCCCUCAAUUCCAGGAUUAGCUAAUAGAAGGCACAGUUGUGAUAGUGGCACAGCCUCUGAUAACCUGGAUUGUAAUUUGGAGUCCUGAUCAGGCUUAUGGGGGUAGUCUCCUGCCUUAUUUUUUGUUGCUUAUGGCUGUGGCACCACAAGCUCACCUAUUCAUGCCUCUUCAGUGACUUCUUAUAUAGUAUACUUGAGGGACAAGUAUGUGUUAUCAAGGAGUAGACUAACAGCAGAAAGGCCAGUUCCUGUUGUAAUUAACCUUCUAUAAGGUAGACAUAUCAAAACUUGUUUUUAUGCUUAAAUUUUUUUCUCCAGGAAUCUGCUUAUUAGCUCCUGGCUUUCCCACCAGAUUGACUUGAACUCCUGCUUCCUUUUUUGCAGGUGCUCAAUACAAGGCCAGCUAGAAAGAAUAUUCACUUGAAACUGAUUAAACUCAGGGUCAUGGGUCCAGUUAAACUCCUUGGCUCUGAGGGAAAUAUUUAUCUCAAUACUUACCAACCUCUCAACUUUGGGGGGGGGUGGGGGAUGAGCUUGGUUGGAGGGGUUCUGAGUCAUUCCUUGCUUGCUAGUUCAUGAUCUAGUUGGUUUUCUUAUUGGGACUCGUUGUGCCUCAAUACUUGGGGAUCUGAAGUCUGGGCUGAUGCACGCCUGCUUAGACUGUUGGUCCAGGUUGACCUGCAGUGACCCGCACCCUGCCGAUGGACAACCUGUUCCUGUUUAUGCCUUUAAUAAACCUCAC